UGCCACCCGCCCCGUCCCAGCGCCAGGCGCCCGCUCCACCAGCUCCACUCCCGGACCUGCUCCAGCCAUGAUGAGCUUCGGCGGCGCCGACGCGCUGCUGGGCGCCCCGUUCGCGUCGCUGCACGGAGGCAGCAGCCUGCACUACGCGCUGGCUCGGAAGGGCGGCGCGGGCGGCGCGCGCUCGGCCGCCGGCUCGUCGAGCGGUUUCCACUCGUGGGCGCGGACGUCCGUGAGCUCCGUGUCGGCCUCGCCGAGCCGUUUCCGCGGCGGCGCGGCCGUCGCCUCGAGCACCGACUCGCUGGACACGCUGAGCAACGGGCCGGAGGGCGGCGUGAUGGCGGUGGCGGCGCGCAGCGAGAAGGAGCAGCUGCAGGUGCUGAACGACCGCUUCGCCGGCUACAUCGACAAGGUGCGGCAGCUGGAGGCGCACAACCGCAGCCUGGAGGGCGAGGCGGCGGCGCUGCGGCAGCAGCAGGCGGGCCGCGCGGCCAUGGGCGAGCUGUACGAGCGCGAGGUGCGGGAGAUGCGCGGCGUCGUGCUGCGCCUGGGCGCGGCGCGCGGCCAGCUGCGCCUGGAGCAGGAGCACCUGCUGGAGGACAUCGCGCACGUGCGCCAGCGCCUGGACGACGAGGCGCGGCAGCGGGAGGAGGCCGAGGCGGCGGCGCGCGCGCUCGCCCGCUUUGCGCAGGAGGCCGAGGCGGCGCGCGCCGAGCUGCAGAAGAAGGUGCAGUCCCUGCAGGAGGAGUGCGGCUACCUGCGGCGCCACCACCAGGAGGAGGUGGCCGAGCUGCUCAGCCAGCUCCAGGGCUGCGGCGCGGCGCAGGCCCAGGCCCAGGCCGACGCGCGCGACGCCCUCAAGUGCGACGUGACGUCCGCGCUGCGCGAGAUUCGCGCUCAGCUCGAAGGCCACACGGUGCAAAGCACGUUGCAGUCCGAGGAGUGGUUCCGAGUGAGGCUAGACCGACUGUCAGAGGCAGCCAAGGUGAACACAGAUGCCAUGCGCUCAGCACAGGAGGAGAUAAGUGAGUACCGGCGCCAGUUGCAGUCCAGGACCACAGAGCUGGAGGCACUCAAAAGCACCAAGGACUCGCUGGAGAGGCAGCGCUCUGAGCUGGAGGACCGUCAUCAAACCGACAUCGCCUCCUACCAGGACGCUAUCCAGCAGCUGGACGCUGAGCUGAGGAACACCAAGUGGGAGAUGGCAGCCCAGCUCCGCGAGUAUCAGGACUUGCUCAAUGUCAAGAUGGCUCUGGAUAUUGAGAUUGCGGCUUACAGAAAACUCCUGGAGGGUGAAGAGUGUCGGAUUGGCUUUGGCCCGAGUCCCUUCUCCCUUCCAGAGGGACUCCCUAAAAUGCCUUCCACGGCCACUCACAUAAAGGUCAAAAGUGAAGAGAAGAUCAGGGUGGUAGAAAAGUCAGAGAAGGAAACCGUGAUCGUGGAGGAACAGACAGAGGAGAUACAAGUGACCGAAGAAGUGACUGAGGAAGAGGAGAAAGAGACCAAAGAGGAGGAGGGCGAGGAGGAGGAACGGGGAGAGGAGGAGGAAGCAGAGGGGGGAGAAGAAGCAACAAAGUCUCCCCCAGCAGAAGAGGCUGCAUCCCCAGAGAAGGAGGCCAAGUCUCCAGAGCAGGAAGAGGCCAAGUCACCAGCCAAGACCCCCAUGAAAGAAGAAGCAAAAUCGCCAGCUGAGGUAAAGUCCCCUGAGCAGGCCAAGUCCCCAGUUAAGGAAGAGGCUAAGUCCCCAGCAAAGGAGGAAGCCAAGUCCCCAGAUGAGGUCAAGUCCCCAGAGAAGGCCAAGUCCCCAGCAAAGGAGGAAGCCAAGUCCCCAGAUGAGGUCAAGUCCCCAGAGAAGGCCAAGUCCCCAGCAAAGGAGGAAGCCAAGUCCCCAACUGAGGUCAAGUCCCCAGAGAAGGCCAAGUCCCCAGUGAAGGAAGAAGCAAAAUCGCCAUCUGAGGUCAAGUCCCCUGAAAAGGCCAGGUCUCCGACGAAGGAAGAAGCUAAGUCCCCCGAGAAGGCCAAGACUCUUGAUGUGAAGUCCCCAGGAGCCAAGACCCCAGUGAAGGAGGAAGUAAGGUCCCCCGCAGACAUCAAAUCACCCCUAAAGCCCAAAAGUCCUAGCAAGGAGGAGGUCAAGUCCCCGGAGAAGGUCAAGUCUCCCGUGAAGGAGGAGGCCAAGGCUCCUGAGAAGGUCUCAAAGAAGGAAGAGGCGAAGUCCCCCAUGAAGGAAGACGAGAAACCCCAGGAGGUGAAAGUCAAAGAGCCACCAAAGAAGGGAGAGGAAGAGAAAGCUCCAGCCACGCCCAAAACUGAGAAGGAUAGCAAGAAAGAUGAGGUGCCCAAGAAGGAGGCUCCCAAGCCCGAGGUCCAGGAGAAGCCCAAAGAAUCCGUAGCUGAAGCCAAGAAGGAAGAGGCUGAGGGUAAGAAAAAAGCAGCGACUCCAGAGAAGGAGGCUCCUGCCAAGGAGAAGGAAGAGGCGAAAGCCAAAGAGAAGACCGAGGUGGACAAGAAGGAACCAGGUGAUGCCACGGCCAAAGGACCCAGCAAAGCAGCGGAGAAGGGGCCAGAAAAGCCAAAGAAGGAAGAGACGUCGGCAGCACCCGACAAAAAAGAUGCCAAGGAGGAGAAGGCCACAGAGGCCAAGAAGCCGGAGGAGAAACCCAAACCGGAGGCCCGAGCCAAGGAAGAGCCCAGCAAGGAGGCCCCCGCACCCAGCAAAGCCAAGACGGAAAAGGCUGAGAAGUCCUCUAGCACAGACCACAAAGACAGCAGGCCUCCAGAGAAGGCCACAGGAGACAAGGCCGCCCAGGGGGAGAAGUAAAGAGGGAGACAGGAGCAUCCGGAGCAUCCAAAGAAACUCAGGAGGGUCUGGGAGUCCGAGGGUCGGCAUAAUCAAUUUUCAUUUUUUUCUCCCUUCUCUUUAUAGAAGAAACUGCUUAGCUGGUGGGGCUCUCCCUCACCAAACAAGACGUUGUUAGCAAUAUGUUACCAAGGAAGGGCACUCCCCACCCUGCCCCCGUACCCCGAGCCCUCCCCAGGCGAUGGACCAUUAUGUUAUGAUAGCUUAUGUAGCGGAAUGUGAUAUAUGCCGAAUGCCACACUAAACACUUGACUGUAAAAACUGCCCCCCUCCUUUCCAAAUAAGUGCAUUUAUUUCCUGUAUGUGCAACUGACAGAUGACCGCAGUAAUGAAUGAGCAGUUAGAAACACAUUAUGCUUGAGAUGUCUUAACCUAUUCCCAAAUGCCUUCUGUUUUCCAAAGGAGUGGUCAGGCCCUUGCCCAGAGCUCGCUCCCCUGGAAGAGCCCGAGUGGGUGAGGCUGGGCACUGAACCAUGCCAGGGCGCACUUUUCCACCGGAGACCACUUUCAAUUGCUUCUGUGCAAUAAAAACAAGUGCUUAUGAAAUGAGCUGCUGCUGUUAUCUAUUCCUUCCCUCGCAGGCCAGGGGACAGAACCAAGGGAGGUUUGGAUGUCACAAGACGACACAGGACUGAGCAAGCAUCAGGGGUCUCGAGAUUCUGGGACCAGUUACAUGGCCUCUCUUGUAUUUUUUCCUGAGCACAAACCAUGUGCCAGGCAGUGUUCGAGAUGCUUUAUUUUUAUGAUCUUACAGACAGGUGGCCUGGUGCAUGGCUUAUGGAUCACCUACAUUGGCAUCAUCUGGGAGCUUUAUACAAAGGCUUGAUUCCAACUUUAGAUCUGUCAUUAACCCUUGUUCUGGGAGUUGCUUCUUUCCCUGCCCCAACCAGAUGCUUCUUAGCCACUUCAGGAUAUUACAGGUGAUGUAACCUAUAGUCUUAAGCACUAUUAUGGAUUGCUAUCACAGACUAGAGACUGAGGAGACAUGAUGACUCAAUGCAGUGUGGUGUCCUGGAUCCCAGAACACUAGUAGAGAAACUAGUGGACAGCCAUUAGUCUGUAGUUCACGUAAUAGUAAUGUACCAACAUUAAUCUCUUAGUUGUGACACAUGUA